AAAACUUGCUAAACCAGAUCUCACGGGAAAGGUGCGUUUUUAAACCGACAGAGGACGGUCCACUAAAAGAGGAAGAGCAGCGAACGACAAGGUUAUGAUUACGUCUCCAUUAAAAGUCUUAUAACAGAUUAUGGCGGUUAACUUGAGUAAAAACGGACCUGCGCUUACAGAAGCAUAUACUGAUGUGGUGAGCGGGAAAACUGACACAAACUGGGUCUUGUUUACCUAUGAGGGGAACAGCAAUGACAUCCGGGUAGCAGGGAAAGGAGAUGGUGGGCUUGAAGAAAUGGUGGAUGAACUGAACAGUGGUAAAAUCAUGUACGCCUUCUGUCGAGUACUCGACCCCAGCUCUGGAGUCCCCAAGUUUGUGCUCAUCAACUGGAUUGGUGAAGGGGUUAAGGAUGUAAGAAAGGGAGUUUGUGCCAAUCAUGUUCAUUCAAUGGCCAAUUUUCUGAGGGGUGCUCAUGUGACCAUCAAUGCUCGAUCAGAAGAUGACGCUGAACCUGCUGCCAUCAUGGAGAAGGUGGCCAAGGGCUCAGGUGUCAACUACAACAUCCACAAAGAAUCAAACCAGAACAGUAAUUAUGAACCUCCUGGACGUGUGGGUUCUGUCUAUAAGAGGGUAAGUGCCAUUGAUGAAAUUCAAGGGACGAACAGAGACAACUUUUGGGCUCAGGCUGAGAAAGAUGAGAUGAUCAGGCGUCAAGAAGAGCGCAGGAGGGCGAACGAGGAGAGACAGCGACUGGAGAAAGAAAAGAAGGAACAGGAUGAGAGAGAGGCAAAUGAACGAGAACGACGGCGGAGAGAGAGAGAGAAACAUAUCGACCAACAGAGACUUUUUGAAAAGAAGCAAGAAGCCGUGAAUAAAGAACAGGAACAACGAAAAUGGGAGGAAGAGGAGAGCAUACGCCAGACCCCUGUAAGAACAGGAAUAUUGCGAUCUGAGUCUGUGCAAAAGGCCAAUGAGGCUGCGUCACUCAUCUCUCAGCGUUCCAUAAAUCCCAGGGAGUUGUUCAAGCAGCGGGAGAGGACUUUGCUCAGCAGUGGAACAUCUUUCUCUGCAACCCGACCAGGUCAGCUAAGAAGCCCAUUUUUAUCUCAGCAAGCAGUCAAUUUGGAAAACCCUCCCAGUGAGCACAAGUCUCAGCCCUUAUCUCCCAUACGCCCUAUGGCGUCCGCCUCAGUCUCACGUGUACUAGCCCCGAUCUCUCCUGAGAGUGAAGCUCCUGUCUUCCCAGUGAAAAAUCCAGACCCCUUCUCUGUAGAUCCAUUUGUAUCUGCGCAAGCACAGGAAUCAGAAAACGAAUGGGAAGAUUCAGAAGAGGAGGGAUCAUCCCCAGCUACUGUGAGCCAAACUAAGCAAAGUGAAGAUGAAAACCACAUUUAUGCAAAUCUCCCCUCUCAAAGUCUAUAUCAGAAUGCUCACCAGGCUUUUGAAACCCCUACUGCUGAAGAGGAGGAGACAGGCGAUAACCAGAACAUUUGCGCAAGAGCACUGUACGACUACCAAGCAUCGGAUGACACAGAGAUCACCUUUGACCCGGAUGAUAUUAUCACAGAUAUAGAUAUGAUAGAUGAUGGCUGGUGGAGGGGUUACGGUCCUGAUGGUCACUACGGAAUGUUUCCUGCUAACUAUGUUGAGCUUCUUUAAUCCUGCACAAACCAAUCAGACAUAAUACCAAGUGACAGGAUGAUAUUACCGUGACCUUUCAGCUUGGAGUCACCAGGCAUUUGGGAAAUAUUUUACUUUUACUCUUUUGUAAUGUUCAAUAAAUUGUAUUACCUUUUUGAUGUUACUUUAAUCUUGAUUCAAAUCAAUAAAUAAACAAA